CGAGUCGGCAGCUGCAUGGCGGUCUGUGAGCGACUGGGCGGCAACGCCCUGCGGGAGCUCCUGGCCCGCACCCAGGGCGUGCUUUUCGACUGCGACGGGGUGCUGUGGAACGGCGAGCGCACCGUGCCAGGCGCGCCAGAGCUGCUGGAGCGGCUGGGCCGCGGCGGCAAGGCGGCGCUCUUCGUGAGCAACAACAGCCGGCGCUCGGUGGAGGAGCUGGCGGCCCGCUUUGCGCGCCUCGGCUUCCGCGGUGUGGCGGCUGAGCAGCUUUUCAGCUCGGCUCUGUGCGCAGCCCGCCUGCUGCGCCAGCGACUGCCAAGUCCCUGCCCACCCGGCGCUGUCUUCGUGCUAGGUGGCGAAGGGCUGCGUGGAGAGCUGAGGGCCGCGGGCCUGCGCCUGGCGGGAGACGAGCCAGGGCCCGUGCGCGCCGUGCUCGUGGGCUACGAUGAGCACUUCACCUUUGCAAAGCUGAGCGAGGCCUGCGCCCACCUGCGUGACCCUGACUGCCUCCUGGUGGCUACCGACGUGGACCCGUGGCACCCGCUCAGCGACGGCCGCACCACCCCCGGGACGGGGAGCCUGACGGCGGCGGUGGAGACGGCGUCGGGACGCCGGGCCUUAGUGGUGGGCAAGCCCAGCACUUACAUGUUCGAGUGCAUCACGGAGCACUUUGGCGUGGACCCAGCCCACACUCUGAUGGUGGGCGACCGCCUGGAGACGGACAUCCUCUUUGGCCACCGCUGCGGCCUGACCACCGUGCUCACCCUCACCGGGGUGUCGAGGCUGGAUCAGGCCCAGGCCUACUUGGCUGCAGGAAAGCCCGAGCUGGUUCCCCACUACUACGUGGACAGUAUCGCGGACUUGAUGGCGGGGCUCGAGGUGUGAGGCGGCCUGAGCAGCUUCAGGAGAGAGGCCGGCGGCCUCCUCUUAGUCCCGGUCCUUGUCCCCUGCCCUCUUUUAUGAUGUGCUCCUGGAGGGCCCCUCCCUAUCCCUGUAUUGUGAGCCAGUGUGGAUGUUUCCCACCCCCACUCUUGGGAUCUGCAGGUCCAUACCUGCCCCCCAGCCCCACAAGGAGCCUAAUCCUCCUUUCGUCCUUCCGGUCAGGGACGGGUCCUCUCCCUCCCUUACCUCCUGCUUCCCUCUACUGGGUGCCAUUUCCCUCAUGGCAGCAUCCUCGCCCCCCUUCUCUCAGCCCUGACUUGGUUGAUGCUGCCAUAACGUUUCUCCUUUCUCCCCACUUUCUCUUCGAGACCCAGGAGCUAUGACUGGGAGGAAGGGGCGCCUCUGUUUCCUUCUCUGUAAGAAAAGAAGGUGUUGGACUAAAUGACCUCCGCGGCCCCCUCCAGCUCUGCGUCUACCCUAAGGGGCCCUCUCAGAACACUCUGUGCCAUUAAUUCCCCAAAGCCCGUUUCCUGCCUGCUUCAGGAGCUUCCCUUUACCCGUACACGCACACACACACACACUCUCCAGUGGGUUUAGCUUGUCCUGGAUCUGAACGAGCCAGUCAGAGUUCUGGAGCAUCAACUAGUCUGGGCCAUUGAGUCCUGUCUCCUAAGGGACCAAUCCAAAGCCUGGAAUCCACUGAAUUUCCAGGUUCUAGUGGGCCAAAGCGGGGGAUGCCCUGAGUGCCAAUGGACACACCCUGAUGCUUUUUGAGGGGCUGGGUGGAUCCGACCUAGAUUUUAAGUGGAAGGAAGCCGCUGCUCUCCAAGUGCUGUGAUGAACAUGGGAGGGCCCGCGGUCUCUUUCCCUGGUGCUGUGGAUGUGCUCUCCUUCCCAGCCCAGUAUUUAUUUGUUUACUAAUUUAUUAAGGUGUUCGGACGCUCCAGGAGGGGUCUCCGUGGCCUCUUUACAUGUGCCCAACUUUCCUCUUCCCCCACAGAAAAUCAGUAUCGAAUAAAAAAAACCCUGGUA